AUGACUAGUGGAGCUGCAACUACUGGUAGUUCAGGACUUUUUGGUGGUAAAAGUAAAUUAGUGGCUGUUAUUGGUGAUGAAGAUACAGUCACUGGUUUUUUACUUGGUGGUAUCGGUGAAAUUCAUGCGAAAACACGUAAACCAAAUUUUUUAAUUGUCGAUAAAAAUACGAAAGUAUCAGAUAUUGAUGAAACAUUUAAAACUUUUGCUAGUCGUGAUGAUAUUGGAAUUAUUCUUAUUAGUCAAUAUAUUGCCGAAAUGAUUCGUGGAACAGUUGAUGGUCAUGAUAAAUCUGUACCUGCAAUAUUAGAAAUUCCAAGUAAAGAACAUCCAUAUGAUCCUAGCAAAGAUUCAAUUCUUCGACGAGCAAAGGGUAUGUUCAGUGUAGAAGAUUUCAAAUAA